CCCCACCCAUCCCUUUAAAAAAUAAUAGUAGAUUUGACAGUUUCUUGGGCUAAAUGAGAAGUCUCCCCAAGCUACUCCCCACGUCGCUGUUGUGUUUUCUCCCGCUGUGGCUGAACGCUCAGCCUUGAUGGGCACAAGGAGAAAGGCUGGAGGGUAAUGUGUCCCGGUCCCCGGGCUUGGUGAGGGUCAUUCAUGUUCCGCCGGCUUGAGGAGCAGCUGGGCUGUCCGCUCUGCUGCUGGCUGCGCCGCCGCCGCUGCCGCGCUGCCCCGGGAGCCAGUCAUGGACCGCUUCCUGGGAUUUGUCAAGCAGAUUCGGAGAUCCAGGAGAAGAAAGGGGAAAAAGUACCGGCCAGAAGAGGAUUACCAGGAGGGCUACGAGGAUGUCUAUUACUACGCUUCGGAGCAUUUUCGAAAUGAGAGUCCCUACACUAAAUCUGCCAGCCAGACAAAGCCGCCCGAUGGAACAUUGGCUGUGAGGAGACAGAGCAUCCCAGAGGAAUUCAAGGGCUCCACCGUGGUGGAGCUGAUGAAGAAGGAGGGAACCACUCUUGGUCUGACGGUAUCGGGAGGAAUUGAUAAAGAUGGCAAGCCAAGAGUAUCCAACCUGCGGCAGGGAGGAAUUGCUGCCAGAAGUGACCAGCUGGAUGUGGGUGACUACAUCAAAGCGGUGAAUGGGAUCAACCUGGCCAAAUUCCGCCACGAUGAAAUCAUCAGCCUGCUGAAAAACGUCGGGGAAAGAGUGGUCCUGGAGGUGGAGUACGAGCUUCCCCCUGUCUCUGUACAAGGAUCGAGUGUUAUGUUCCGAACAGUGGAGGUCACUCUGCACAAAGAAGGCAACACCUUCGGUUUUGUCAUCCGAGGGGGAGCGCAUGAUGAUAGAAAUAAGUCCCGUCCGGUUGUGAUAACCUGUGUUCGUCCUGGAGGGCCUGCUGACAGAGAAGGCACCAUCAAACCCGGAGACAGGUUGCUCAGCGUGGAUGGAAUUCGGCUUCUGGGAACCACGCAUGCGGAAGCCAUGAGCAUCCUUAAACAGUGUGGACAAGAAGCAACGCUGCUGAUAGAAUACGAUGUCUCCGUGAUGGAUUCUGUGGCGACAGCAUCCGGGCCACUACUAGUUGAAGUUGCCAAAACUCCGGGUGCCAGCCUUGGGGUUGCCCUAACUACCUCCGUGUGCUGUAACAAACAGGUCAUCGUCAUAGACAAAAUCAAAUCUGCAAGUAUUGCGGACAGAUGCGGUGCGCUACACGUGGGCGAUCACAUCCUCUCCAUUGAUGGCACGAGCAUGGAGUACUGUACCCUCGCAGAAGCCACCCAGUUCCUGGCCAACACCACGGACCAGGUCAAGCUGGAGAUUCUCCCACACCAUCAGACCCGCCUUGCCCUGAAAGGCCCUGACCAUGCAGCUAUGGUGCCCUCGUCCUCUCCCACCUCUAUGAGUGCGUACAGUCUGAGCUCCCUGAACAUGGGGACUUUACCUCGAAGCCUCUACUCAACCAGCCCACGAGGAACCAUGAUGAGGCGGAGACUGAAAAAGAAAGACUUCAAAAGCUCACUGUCACUAGCCUCUAGCACUGUGGGAUUGGCUGGACAGGUUGUCCACACUGAAACCACAGAGGUUGUGCUGACGGCUGAUCCUGUCACGGGAUUUGGAAUCCAAUUGCAGGGCAGCGUGUUUGCCACAGAGACGCUCUCCUCCCCGCCUCUGAUUUCCUAUAUUGAAGCUGACAGCCCAGCAGAGAGAUGUGGUGUGCUACAAAUCGGAGACAGAGUCAUGGCCAUAAAUGGAAUCCCAACAGAAGACAGCACCUUUGAGGAAGCCAAUCAGCUCCUGAGAGACUCUUCCAUCACGAGCAAAGUCACACUGGAAAUCGAAUUUGAUGUUGCAGAGUCUGUCAUCCCAAGUAGUGGAACAUUUCAUGUAAAACUGCCUAAGAAGCACAGCGUGGAACUUGGAAUAACCAUCAGUUCGCCAUCCAGUAGAAAACCAGGGGACCCUCUUGUCAUUUCGGAUAUCAAGAAAGGCAGUGUGGCACACAGAACGGGAACUCUGGAACUUGGAGAUAAGUUGCUUGCAAUAGAUAACAUCCGGUUGGACAACUGCUCCAUGGAAGAUGCGGUCCAGAUCCUCCAGCAGUGUGAAGACCUGGUGAAGCUCAAAAUCCGCAAAGAUGAAGAUAACUCAGAUGAGCAGGAGAGUUCUGGAGCGAUUAUUUACACGGUGGAGCUGAAGCGCUAUGGGGGGCCCCUUGGCAUUACGAUCUCUGGAACUGAAGAGCCAUUUGAUCCAAUUAUCAUCUCUAGCCUCACUAAAGGGGGAUUAGCUGAAAGGACGGGAGCGAUCCACACGGGAGAUCGAAUCCUAGCCAUCAACAGCAGCAGCCUGAAGGGGAAGCCUCUGAGUGAAGCCAUCCACUUGCUACAGAUGGCGGGAGAGACUGUCACCCUGAAAAUUAAGAAACAGACAGAUGCCCAAUCCGCAUCAAGUCCCAAGAAGUUCCCCAUCCCCGGCCACUCGAGUGACCUAGGAGAUGGUGAGGAGGACUCCUCCCCAAUACAGAAACCUGGCAAGCUCUCCGACGUGUACCCCUCCACAGUGCCCAGCGUGGACAGUGCUGUGGACUCCUGGGAUGGGUCUGGAAUAGAUGCCAGCUAUGGGAGUCAAGGCUCGACUUUUCAGACUUCAGGAUACAAUUACAGCACCUAUGAUUGGAGGAGUCCGAAGCAAAGAGCCAGCCUGUCCCCGGUCCCCAAGCCUCGAAGCCAGACAUACCCAGAUGUGGGCCUGAGUAAUGAAGACUGGGAUCGGUCCACAGCCAGUGGCUUCGCAGGGGCUUCUGACAGUGCAGACGCUGAACAAGAGGAAAACUUCUGGUCUCAAGCACUGGAGGACCUGGAGACCUGCGGCCAGUCAGGGAUCCUGAGAGAGCUUGAGGAGAAAGCUGACAGGCGUGUGUCAUUGAGAAACAUGACCCUCUUGGCAACAAUCAUGUCGGGGAGCACUAUGAGUUUGAAUCAUGAGGCUCCAACGGCUCGCAGUCAGCUGGGGAGACAGGCCAGCUUCCAGGAGCGGAGCAGUUCACGGCCACACUAUAGCCAAACAACUCGCAGCAACACCCUGCCCUCAGACGUGGGCAGAAAGUCUGUAACCCUGCGGAAAAUGAAGCAAGAAAUAAAGGAGAUUGUAUCCCCAACUCCUGUGGAGCUUCACAAGGUGACCUUAUACAAGGACUCUGGAAUGGAGGACUUCGGAUUCAGUGUGGCAGACGGCCUGCUGGAGAAAGGAGUGUAUGUCAAAAAUAUCCGCCCAGCUGGGCCAGGUGAUCUUGGUGGCUUGAAGCCCUAUGACAGACUCUUACAGGUUAAUCACGUCCGGACGAGAGACUUUGACUGCUGCCUGGUGGUGCCUCUCAUAGCCGAAUCUGGCAACAAGCUGGACCUGGUUAUUAGCAGAAACCCACUGGCCUCGCAGAAGUCGAUAGACCAGCCGGCUCUGCCCAGCAACUGGAGUGAACAGAACAGCGCCUUCUUCCAGCAGCCCAGCCACGGUGGUAAUCUAGAGACACGAGAACCCACUAACACAUUAUAGCAGUACUUUUAUAGCAGUACAGGGCAAAAGACAAUAUCUACAUGGUGCUAAAAAACAAAAAAACAAAAACCCUUUAAGAUUUCUGUGACACCUGAAGCACAGAGAAUCACGUGGCAUUAACGCAAGCACAGGGGUCUUUUAAAUCUCCCUCAUGGCUCAUGUUCUCAUCCCUUCCCAACUAGAAGAGGUUUCUUUUAGAAUGACCACUCCGGUAACUGGCGGGUCCUUCUCUGCCGGGGCCCAGUGGUAGAGAAUACAGACUAAGGCAGCCCACCCCUUUCCCCAAUUGAGAUCGGAGGAAAGUUUUUACAGUCCACCUUUACUGUCACUUUUUACGGAGAGAAACAUCUGUUUGAAAAUAUUCUCUAUGAUAAUUUCCUGAAUGAACUAAGUUUCUUACUGUCAAGUCAUUAGCAUAAGAACAUGAUCAACACGGAUUUACGUAUAACUGGCUCGAUAAGGGGAGCUAGGAUGGAUGACCCGGCCAGGCCUGCCGCAGGGGGAGGGGUGCAGGUAUAACAUUAGGUUUUCUUAAAAUAUUUCACAACAAUGCACGUAGGAGACCAUAAUAGGUGGUGGUAAAUGUUUUGCCCAAAUAUAGGAAUGAUUUUAACUAAGAUGUAUGCUAUUCCCUAUGCAACAGAUGAUCAAACAGGAUAUGUCUUGUGACCUGUUUUUUUUUUCCCCCCUUAAGGACACAUUUUUUUCUUUUAAAAAAUAGCUGAAAAAUCUCUGAUAAUGAAUUAGAGUAUGUAGUAACACUGAGAAUUAGUGAUAUGAUCCUAUUUUUAAAAAUCCAAGACUAAGAAUUUAAGGAGUGAAGAAUCUAACGAGACACUUUAUGGGUAGGCAAAUAGAAUUGACUCAUCCAGCUCAGAUGUCUGCAGACUGCUUCACCGAGGGGCGCACAGCCCCUGCACUCACUGACAGCUUUCGUUCUGAGCCACGCCCCUUGCUUAACUUGUAAAUACAUUUUCACAUAGCUCAUUGCCAAUCACUGUCCCCCAAAGCAAUAACCGUGACAGUUGCUUUAAAUGUCUGUGGGCAACUGUUUUCAUUUGUUCAGAUAUUUUGAAUAGCUACACUAAUAACUGUUAUUUGGUAAAUAUUUAAAGAAAAAAAUAGAUCUGUAUAUUGAUGGUAGAAUGUCAAAAACAAUUCUUUUCCAAACAUGUUCAUUUUGGGCCACUAAAUACAACCCGCACAGGCAAAACAUCGAAACACUGUGUCCUUUGUUUAAGGGAAAUGAUUCAUCUUUCUUUUUUUUUGUGCAAAGAAAUAUAUGAUUUCAAACACAUUUCUGAACUGCCAGGGCAAGAAAGUAUAGAGCAGAAUCAUGUUAAGGAAAAAAAAAUGAUCAUGAGUCACUUAAAUAUGUAUUUUUGUUUGUAACAAACAAGUAUUAAACUGUAAAGUAUUUUUGUACAAAUUUAAUACUUUAAUAGCAUGGUAUUUAUCGUCUAUGUAUGGUUUUGGGGAAUUCAAAAUUGUUGCAAAUAUUUGUAUGGAAAAAAAAAACCCUCUACCAAAUGGAAUAAACGAUGAUUUUAAAGAAACAAA